CGGGUCUGGCCGCAGGAGAUCACGCGCGCUGAUCUUUACGAAACACGGAUUGUAAACCACGCCGGUCACACACAAAUCAAACAUGUCUACUGCAUUACUCAUCCAACCUUCAGGGGAGUUGUGGAAGAAGAUCAGAGAAGAGCUGAACGAGAAUGUAAAUACACGUGACCAGGACCUCGCUACGAUCAAGGAAUGGUUGCGAAAGCAACCGCACCUGCCUGAUGAAUGGCAUGACCAGUGUCUGAUGUCAUUCCUUCGAGGAAGUAAUUUCUCCCUAGAAAAAUGCAAGAAGAAAUUGGACAUGUAUUUUACUAUGCGUACAGCAUGUCCAGAAUUCUUCACUCAGAGAGAUGUAACAAGACCGGACCUCAAAGAUUUAUUAAGCAGAGGGCAAGGGCCAACCCUACCUGGAUUGACGCCAAAAGGUUACCGGGUCAUUCUUGCAAGAGCUUUGGAUAAAACUCUAGACCCAAGUCAUUUGAACAAUGUUUUCAAACUCGCCAUGAUGAUGGGAGAUAUCAGAUUGAACGAGGAAUUAGAGGGUGUGGCAGGAGAUGUGUAUGUUUUGGAUGCCUCCAUUUUGGCCCCCAGCCAUUUGGGAAAAAUAUCCCCUGGAGCCAUAAAGAGAUUUUUAAUAUGUAUACAGGAGGCAUAUCCCGUAAAACUCAAAGAGGUGCACGUGGUUAAUGUAUCACCUCUGGUGGAUGCUGUCUUGUCAAUGGUAAAACCAUUCCUCAAGGAGAAAAUAAAGAAGCGGAUAUUUAUUCACCACGAUCUUGAGACACUUUACGAAUAUGUGCCUAAGGAUAUACUCCCAGUGGAAUUCGGUGGAACUAGUGGCCAUAUUGACGAAAUUCAAAAAGCUUGGGAGAAGAAGCUGGGAGAAUACAAAGACUGGUUCCUUGCUGAAGAAUCAGUGAUAGCAAACGAAGCCCUCAGACCAGGGACACCGACCAACUAUGAUGAGCUUUUCGGCAUAGACGGGUCAUUUAGACAGUUGUCUAUAGAUUAAUAUAGCAGAAUAUCAUUAUUUUUAAUUUUCGUUUUUUACUCUGUAUCAAUGGUAUAUUGAUCAUGGGCUUUUGGAGGGAAGUCACAAAAUACAUUUUAGCUAUUCAUUUUUAUAUCAUACGCUAUUUUCGGUCAAAAGGGUUCGCUCUGAGGCCCUAACCUUCACCUCCCUAAGGGAUGCGGAUGACCUGUUCCAUGUCCCAAUUACAUCGCUAAAAAGAAAUCUAGUAGAUUCUAGAGUCUAUACCGAUAGAUGUCAUAUGUGUUAGGAUGGUUGAAGAAAUUGCCAGCUAUAUAGUACAAUAAUAUUAUAUUUUUUGAGAAGUAAUUAUGAACGUAUUUGCAUUCAUUGCUAAGGAAUUCGAUGUUGAGAAAUUAAGUUUGAGUAUAUUGAGAGUAGAUUAUUUUUUAGAUAUCACAACAUGGUUAGUUGAUGGUACCAAAAUUCGCAAUUUAAACCAGCAAAAUAUAUUAAAUGACGUACAAUUAAUUUUAAAACCAAAUAGUUUAAAUGAUAAACAUUGUAAAAAUGAUUGAAUAUGGAAUUUAAUUACCUGUUAAUCUUUACAAAUUGAAACCCAUAAUCGACAUCAAUGGUAAAUUAAUGUAAUAAUAUUAAGAAAAAAUACACAUAUCAACAUUUUAUGAGGCACUGAAAAUAACCUAAAAUACCCAUUUGGUAAUAAUGUCUCAUAUAAAAGGCGAUGUUAAUAUUAA